AUACCAAAUACUGGGGGUAUUCCUUUUAAUUCAGUUAUGCAUCAUUGCUGCUGAAGGACUACGUCGCAGCAAUUUAUCUUCCAUUGCAAGUUCAGUUCACCAAGCAUUCUAGGGACACACCAUGCUUCUGCAGGGCGAGGCAUACCUGUUUUAAAUGAAGACGGCACUUUGGUAACUGGGGACUCUGAGAAGGGAAGUUGGGUCUCUGAUUCCACAUCAACUUCAGAGUCUCAAGCAACAAGUGGAGUCAGCAAAUGUACACUUUGCCUUAGUAAUCGCCAAUACCCAACUGCCACGCCUUGUGGUCACGUAUUCUGCUGGAAUUGCGUUAUGGAGUGGUGCAAUGAAAAGCUGGAAUGCCCUCUAUGUCGUUCUCCUCUAACUCAUUCGAGUUUAGUUUGUUUAUAUCAUUCUGAUUUCUAGUACUUGAUCAUGUUGGACUUCAAUUGAAACUAAAUGGAAAGGGAAAUCAGGUAGUUCUUACACUUUGAACUAAAACUAAAUGACUUUGAAGCAACUGCAUUUGGCAUAAUAAUGACGAGAUAGGGUAGGUAGUUUGAUGCUUUAUAUGUCGAUAAUAAUUGGUGGUGGGUUUAUUUGUCCUCUGUUUUUUUGGGUUGGGGGAGCAAGGCAGAGGUGUUCCAUAAAUCUAUUGUAUUUUUAAUAUUAUUAUUAUUAUUAUUUUAUUUGUAAUGAAUUACUUCGAGAUCUAGGUUUUUUUUCUUUUUUUUUUGGUUAG